UCUUUAAACCUUCAGAAUGUUCCUUUAUACAAACACUUAUCGCUCUAAACCGGAAGUCGCAAAGAUAUACGUUGAAACUCUUGUAGAAUUUACACUUUACUGCAGUAAUACAGCAUCCACGAAAACGUUAUCAAGUGACUGAAGUGAUGUUUCAAACAUUUAUUUUAAUUAAUUGUGUCUUAGUUGGUGCGGUAAAUUGCGUUUAUUAUAAUGUGUCAUUGAAAGACUUGGAUAGGUGCCAAGAAUAUGAUGCUACGUCGGGCUAUGGCUAUCAGAAAUACUUCAAAAUUGACGAUGUGAACAACCAUGGUGCCGAUGGCAAUAUCGUUAACUUGAAACUAUACGUAAUGGGACCCAAAGAUGCUCACAUCCUUUUAUCAACUGAAGAGGCUCCAUCCACCAUGGAUCCAGUUUAUGAAAUCGUAUUGGGCGGAGGUGCAAAUACAUUUUCGGAAAUACGACGAAAACGGAAAACCCAAGCCUUACAAUCGAUUCGCCGGAAGAACCUAUUGUCGUCGCUGAAUCCGAUUCCGAUUUCCAUUAAGAUUGCAAUGAAUGGAUCGAUUGAGAUUGGAGUGGUUGGAGAGUCGUUGCCGCUGCUAAAUCUGACCGACAAAAAUCCAUUGCCCAUCAAGUAUAUUGCGUUCUGCUCUUGGGGGACUGCUGAAACUAAAUUUUUUUACGACUGUCAAACACCUGACUUCGCCAACACCGAUGAAUUAGAUGAAACAAAAGGACGUGAUUUUUCCCCUCAUACCAAACUGGCGAUGAAUCUGUUCUCGAAUGAUGUUUUCAACGACGGAAAUGCGAAGAACAUAUCCGUACAGUUUCAGUUGCGUCAAAUAGCAUUCCAUGCAAAGGAUGGUGCCCUAUCGACGAAAGGAAAAUUUGAUUUGGAGUGGAGUUACAAUGAAAAACUAUGGGAUCCCAAAGACUAUGACAAUUUGGAAUAUUUAGUUAUCAGAAGCUUGGGAAGUUGGCACGGACUACGUGUCCCUCCCAUACUGUUAUAUAAUGCAAGGGAUUCUUCCUUCAGCCAAGGUUUGCACACAGACUUUAAAAUUAGAGUCCACUACGAAGGUGAUAUCUAUGCUGAAUCGACGUACGUGUCGAUGAAUACAAUGUGUUCGGACAUUUCGAAUGAACACAAUUGGCCCAGGGACGAAGUUACGUGUGAUAUACAGUUGGGGGUGACUGACGAAAAUAUUACCCUUUUUCCAGCUGAGGACAGUUUUUUCAAGAUUCGAAGCGACAACUACGAUCAGAGCGAAUGGCACUUAAAGAAUGUACACUCGGAACAAGGCCAAUAUCCGAUCGAGAUUGUGUACCGUUUACGUUUGAAGCGAAGCACAUUAUUUUACAGCAAAGUUUUUUGCGGUCCUUUGCUAGCUUCCUUCACAUUCAUACUGUUGUCAUUUUGGACGAAACGUUUCGUGAGAGCAAGCUUAAACCUUACCGGAAUGUUCAUUUUGGCUGUUAUGUGCGCAGUCAGUAUGGAUUAUGCACCAAAGUCUUAUGUUCCACGUAUAUUAAAAUACUACGAAAUAUCGCUGUACCUAUCUUGGAUAGCAUUUCUGUUGUUCAUUGUAACUUGCUGGGUGGAAAGAUCCACAUCAAAGAUUCGACCUUUCGAUUGGCUGGCCAGAUGCAUGCAGUUUACAUGGCUACGUAUGCUCAUUGGACUGGACAUACCCAAUAAUUACAACCAUCUCGAGAAGGAAGAUGUUUCAUGGGAAUCAGUAAAUCUAUUUAUUAAUAGAAUUGCGUUCUUCGUCUAUUUCAUCUUCUUUAUAACCGGAAUGUUGAAUGGAAUUUAAGUGCUAGACACGUUUGAUUGUAUUCGAAUAUAAAAGCUCCACAAAUUG